AUUCCUGCUUUGAGAGCCGACGGCGGAAAGUGCGCGUCCUUGAACGAAUUUGAUUGGUCCAUUUUGGGUCAGAUUGUGCGAUGUGAUUGGUUUGUUUCUGGCGGGGACCUGUGCUCAUUUGAGAUAUCGUCUCCCGCCAGCAAGCACCAAGAUGCAAGUAGUCGAAGCACCGCCGCGGCCGGCGACGGCCAUGGACAUUGCUGCGGAGACAGAGAACUUGCUUCAGAGUCUUCGUCAGGACAACGUGAGGCAGCAGGAUGAGAUCCGAGGGAGGAAGGAAGCCUUGCUGCUGAAACUUCGCGCGAAAUCCGCGCCGGCGUCGACGCAAGUGUUGUUUCCCCCCAAGUCAAAGGCGUUAUCAUCGCACAUGCACAUCCCCGUGGCACGCGCGACGUCCCAUCCCCUCUUGAACAGCAAGAAACGCAUGUUGGGCGAAAUGAAGAAGGCCGCGCGGAAGCAAGGCGCCGACUCGAUGGCCAAGUUGUUUGGGUACAAAAGCUAUGUUGAGCAAAAGGAGCAUUUGGAGAAAGAGGAGCACGUGCGCAUUCAGCUCAUGGAACUGAAGAAGAAAUCCCACGAAGCUGCCAAAGCCAAUCAUCCGAUCCCCGACAACAACGACGACGAUGAAUCCAGCGACGAGGACUUUGUUCCUGAAGUCGAAGCGACCGCGGCAGAUAGCGGAGUGGACGGCAGCGUGAACGGCGACGUUGACGAAGGUGCAGGCCAAUCUGCAGUCCCGGUGUCUGAUGAAGAAGGCCACGACGAACGUGACGUUGGAUUGGUCGCAGGAGCGCCGCCGCGUGUUGUGGCGUCCGACGACCAAGCAGAUCGCAUGGCAGCUGCAGGGCUUUCUCCAGAUGACGACGACGACGAUGGCGAUCACUUGCAAAGUAGCGGCGACGAACACGAUGACGAUGAUGCACGUUCUUCUGCAAAUGGCCCACCGACAUCGACGCCGCCUCGUGAGGACACAAACACUCUUCGGUCCAUCCGUCGACGCCGACUCCAUCGUCCCAUUGCGACGAGCUCCGACGAGGACGAGAACGACGCCGAUCACAGCGACAUCGAAGCCGAUCUGGUCGUGGAGAAAGCGCGGCGCAACACAACCGACAAAGCCGCCAACUACCGCGCGAUCUUGGCGGCGGACCAAGCCGCCGAGUCGGGUCGACGUCGGGACAAGCGGCUGCAGACGGGGGGGUUGUUGAACCUGGUCGAGUCCGAGGCCGAAGAAGAAGAAGACGAGGACGUGCUCAAGAUCGGCGGCUUGGGCGACUUUGGGUUCGGUGUGGCGGCGCCGCCAAAGCCGGCAGAACAGGAGCGGGAAACCGACCUGGCGCUGCGGGACGACGACCUCGACAACAUUGUGGACGAGCUCUCAGACGACGAACAGGGCAAGCACGCAGACGAGUACUUUCGCGAAAGGAUGGACGCGCAGGACAAGCAGCAAGUGCACGAAGUCAUGCGCAACGUUCGCGAAGGGUUUGGCCGGAACCGGCGCGUGUUUUCAUCGAGUUUGAACGGCGAGGCCCGCGGGCGAUUCAACUUGGACCAGCUCGUGGCCGCCGACGGGAGUAAGUACGAGGCAGCGCGGCUCGGACUGCUUGAGUCGGAUGAGGAGAAGGAUGAGGAUGAAGAUGGGAUGGAGAAGGGGGAGGUAGAAGAAGACGAAGAGGAGCGCAUGGAGCGCGAACUCCGGGAGCGGUACCAGCGCCAUCCCAAGAUCUACAUUACAUCGUCGGAAAGCGAAUCAUCCGACUCGGAGCCUGGCCAAAUGGACAAAGAGAAUGACGACGACGUUCCUUCCGACGAAGAGCGGGAAGCGCGGCAGAUCAAGCUCUUUUCGGCUAAAGCCAAGAUCAACCGCCGCAUGCAGCGCAUGAUGCAAGUCCAAGCCAACGAACCCAAACCUGCGUUGAAUGCUCUUGAUGAAAUCGACGACAAAGAGCUCGAACAAGUGGUGGUGUUGUCGACCAGUACAAGUACCGCGAUGGCACCUCCACUUCCUCCCAUGCCGUCUGUGAUACAGUCUGGACCAGCGACAACGACGGCGUCGUUCACGCGGAUGGUGGAUUCGCGCAAGCUGUUUCAUGUGAGUGCGUCGAAAGCGUUUAUCUUUACAACUACCAAUGACGACUCGUUGGCCAGCACGGAUGACAAGGCUUCGUCCCAGCUCAAACGAAGAGCCGAGUCGGCCCAUGUACCAUCUAGCCGCAAGAAACCCGCGCUGCACAAGCGACCGGGCUCGCUCUUUGCCGCACUCUCGUCGUUUCAAUGCAACUAGCCUCCCCCCCUGCAUUCAAUCGACCGAUGGAUGGGUGAUUGGGUCGGUCUGGGGUCGUAAUUAUAAGUUGAAUAUAUAAAUUUAUAUUAAAAGUACUGUAAUCCUAAAC